AUGAAGGAACAACACUGGAGGAGAAGGAAGAUAUCCAUAUAUUUUUUAGAAUGCUCUAUUGAUCUUAAGACAAUUGGGUUUGAUAAUACAAAUACAUUUAUAAAUAUCGUUCUGUUAAGAUCAUUCGCCGUAAAUAGAGAUCCUCCUAUUAAAAUAUGUGAUGAUUCAGUAAACGAGGAUGGAUGUGACGAAAAGUUAAAGUUAUAUACAGAUACUGCUUCCCAGCAAGAUGAUCACGAACCUUUACUUAAUCGUGCAUCACAAAAUCUUAAUGAAAAAAUAACAAAUGAAAGUAUUAAUAAAGAGUCUAAAAGUGAAAUAUGCAAUCAUUCAGUAAACAAACUUGGACGUAAAAAAAAAAAGGAAAACACUGAUCCUCUACCAGGUGAUUUUCCGGAUGAUCGUCAACUUUUUCUAAAUCAUGCAUUACAAGAACUUAAUAAUAAUAUAAAAAAGAAUAAUGAUGAAAGGAAAAAAGAAGAUCCUCUUUUAUGUGAUGAUUCAGUAAACAAGGACGAACAGUUUUAUACAGAUACUGGUUCUCUGCCAGAGAUGGCAAAGAUAUACUUUGAUCAAGAAAAAUCCAUAAUUGAACGCGAAAGGAACAAAAGUAAUGAUUAUUAUACUAAAGGUGCAGGCAAAUGGUGCUUUGGAAAAUUUCAGAAAAAUGAACCACAAAUCAAUGCAUCCGAUACAAGUGGUGCUAGUAGUACAAGUGAUGCAAGUGGUAAAAGUGGUACAAGUGAUAUAAGUGGUGAAAGUGGUACAAUUGAAACAAUAGCACCAGCAACGAUUGAUUUACUUCUGUAAAGCAACUGAAAACUACUAUAAGUACAUAAGUUGUAUGUUCCAACAGUAAACCAUUACUUUUAAAACUGGGGUAUUUAUUAUAUUAUUUUUAUCAUAAUCGAAAAUAUUAUUAUAAUAUUCUAAAUACCAUAAAAUGUUAGAUCACACGAUUGUUAUUAUCCAUAUAAAAAAAUAAAUAAGUUUUAAAUUAAUGUUACAAAUAA